AUACAAUCUAAAGCAUACAUUAUUCACCCUAAUUACGCCCGGAUAGCUACACCGUAUACACCUGUCAGCGGCAAUCCCACCCCCAAACUACCAGAGAGCUCCUCUCCGGGCUCUCCCCCAGCUACCCGCAACCAGACAGGGCCAACCAUGUCCUGCUCACUAGACCUCUCCAAAGUGGCUCCGACACCAUGUCUCCUCCCCGCAUGGCCACUAGCUUAUUCAGCCCGGAAGGUGCUAACGCAUCGGUACACAUUCGCGGGUGCAUCCCUCCUAGAGGGAGAAGUAAGCCCACUGCGAGCUGCGAUUGCUAGCUGGCUGUGCGACUACUACGCAUCUUAUGGGGGGAUGGUUGAUGAGACGAGGAUUGCGGUGACGGCGGGCGAAGUGGAGGGUGCCUUGGCCGCAAUUCUAGCAAGGUUCACGGACCCCGUAUAUACCAGGACGGUCUGGGUGGUUUUACCUGCCGAGGUGGGGUGGUUGGAGGGCAUUGUUGGGGAUGCAGGGCUCGACGGAAAGCUUAGGACUUUACCUGAAGGUAGCAAUGGUGAAGGAAUCGAUAUGGAGAUAUUUGAGGACAGGCUUCGGGACGAAGAGGAUUGGUUUGGCUUGAUGGAGGACCCUGGGCCGGUUUGUGGCACACCCCGAGAUAACUGAAAGUAAAGUGCUGAUAACAAGUAUUGAUGAUUGUGAGAGAAGUAGGGUUUCAAGGAAGGAGAUAGAUAUCCGAAGAUAUACAAGUCAAUUCUCUUCCUACAGCCUACUUUUAAGAACCCUACCGGCUCUACGAUACCCUUAUCUGCUCGUACUCGGCUAUUAGAGCUAGCGCGCCAGUACGAUUUUCUCAUUGUUGCGGAAGAAGAUUUUGAUUUUCUAAGGUGGGGGGAAGGGAGCAUAGGGCCUCCAAUACCUCGUCUUUGCGAUGUUGAUAGAGUUAUGAUGGGUGACACCGGCGGGUUUGGGAACGCAAUUAGCUGUGGAAGUUUUGGUAGGAUGAUCGCACCGGGAUGUGGAGUUGGCUGGAUUGAAGGUCCCAGGCGUUUUGUCGAGGAAUUUGGGAAGACGUGAGCUUAUUUAUCCGAAUUAUUCCGAUAGUUUGGAGACUAGAUAUUCUAACCAUGACAGAAAUUCGGCGACGGCCUCGAAGCUCAUGGGGGCGAUUGUGCGGAAUUUGCUAAGUGCUGGAGCUUUCGAGUCGCAUCUUUCCGAUGUGUUGAUACCAGUAUACCAAAGACGGCACUCAGCGGUUGUUUGCGCCGUAGAGACGUCUCUGGCGCCACUUGGCGUAAAUAUUAUCACUGACACAAGCCGUAACUCUGGUGGUUGGUUUCUCUGGAUACAAUUACCAAAGGGCUGCCGUGCGAGCUUUCUAGAGCGCCUCGAAGACGACUAUAAUGUUAUCCUUUCUGGUGGGAACGAGUUUGGGGUGGGUUUAGAGAAUUUUGUUAGACUUUGCUUUGCCUGGGAAUCUGAACAGGCGCUUCUUGAAUCUGUGAAAAGAAUAGCAAUGUGUUUGCGAGAUAUCGAGCCCGACAUUCUGCUCGGUGAAUCGAUA